ACAAUUCAAACCGACCACUUCCCAAGUGGUUUCGUUUGCACACAUUUGGCUCCUGUAAAAAUAAAUACAUUUUAAAAAUGGUUUGGUUUGCGUCGACUGCAUUGUCCUUUUUGUAAUUUAGCGGUCCAGCCACAACUUGAUAUGAUCGUAUUUUAUCGUUUGAGCGGCGAAACGUCUGCUACGCUCGAAGGUAACCAGCUCGACUUGCUGCUCACUGUAGAGAAAUGUUUUCACUGAGAGGCCAUGGCGAGACGGCUACGAAAGUUACGUCUGAGCCCCAACGAAGAGGCCCAGUUGAUACAGGAAGAAAGGGCGAGGAGGAGAAAACUGCGAAUACAACAGGUUCGUGAGCAGCACAAGGAUUUUGCUCUGCAGACGAGGCAGAAUGUGGAGCAAAGGCGUCAGAGAGAGUUGGAGCUGCUGGGCCAGGAACUACGGGAGGAAUGGGAGCAGCAACGGAGUGAAAAAUUGCACAUGCUGCAAAUGCUCUACGAGCAGAGCCUCCAGAUGGUGGGCCAUGGACAGAGAAUGGCCAAAGAAAAUGAGCCUGAUUUGGCGGCUUUAGCCCAGAGGGAGGCGCAGAAUCAUGCAAAAGCGGAGGAGCGCUUUCGAGAAGCCCUCAAAGAGUUGAAGUCACAGAGGAUUAAGGAUACUGAAAUGCAAAGCCGAGCAAUCAAUGCCAGGAAGAAGGCACUUCAGGUGGAAAAGGAGAGAUCGGCGAAAGUGGCCAACCUCCCAGUGCCUACACCAAAACCAAUUCUGCAGGCUACUGAUUCAGAGAAAAUGCAUGUGCGAAGGAAAUCUGACAUCAGUGCCUUUGCCUUCACACAUUAUCACAUGGCCACAGCCACAGUGGACCGGGCGGUGGACAUGCAACAGACUGAUGCCCAUGAGGAAGCAGAACUGGAGAUGAAGAGGCUGCAGGACUUCCAGAGGGAUGACGAAAGGAAGCGAGCUGAGCGCCUGGAGACGGCUCGUCUUCGAGGGAAAUCAGCUUUGAAGAAAGAGCACCUUGCACUGGACCGCGUUCGGCUUCUUGUGGAACUGGAGCACAUGCAGCAGGCUGACAUGUUAAGGAGACGUCAGCAGGCGUUUCAAAUGCCGCCGCAGAUCUUCCAGCCACCUCACAGAAGGCAGGAGAUGAAGGAAGACUUCCAAAGAGACAUGGAAUUUGCCUUUGAGAACAUGUACACCAGAGAAAGGAAAAUCAAAGGUGACCUGGUGGGCCGGCUGGUAUCUGAACCUCUUCCUGACACAUCCACAAGCAGCCAGGACCCAGAGCUGGACGAAAGAAACGCAUCUGAAAUAGAAAAGUCGCAAGUGGACCCUGACUCACAAGACUCUGCACGUGUGGACACCAUCAGAGCGGCUCCCAGACAAGCCCUGAAGAAACUCCUCAAUCGCAUCAGGAACCAAAGGAGCGAGUCAACAAGCUUCAAAAAUGGUGUCCCUGCUGCCCGUUCUCUCGUCACUGUUGCCAGUCAGGUCUCUGAGAGGGACAGGGAAGUGAUCCCGGAGUGGGACACGGAUGUGAUUCCAGAACGGGAUACCAUCGUCAGACCUGAGGGAGUUGAUGCUGAUUCAGAAGCAGUUUCUGAGCGAGACAUGACCAUCGACACAGGCUCCUUCAGCAGCCAGCCAACCCAACCUCCAUUGUCAUGUACAGCAAAGCCAAUUAGUCAGCCAAUCGUAGUUGAUGCUCAACACCAAGAGGCCCUUUCCUCCAAAAUCCUGGAACUUGAAAUGGAGCGCAAGAAAAGGGAGCUGGAGCUGGAGAGGGAGAAACAGCAGCAAAUGGCCUUGUUACGGGAGUUGGAAGAGGAGAAAGCCCAAUUGGAGCGGCUUCUCCAUGAUAUUCAGCAGGAGGGAUACCAUCCAAAGGUUGCUGUGACCCAGGAAGUUCCUCUUAAACAAGCAGAGGUACCGCCGGUCCAUGACCAGGAUGUUGCCAGAGGUCGACUGCUGCUGACUGCUGAGCACACCAGAAGAAUCCGGGAAUGUCAAGAGCGUCUCCUAGAACAAAACAGAAUUAAUCAGCAGUCUAUGGAAGUGGCUCGACGGCGCUUGGAAAAAUACCAAGGUGCUCUUCAAAUCCACCACAAAGCGGCCAUAGCGACUCCUUCUCUGCCACAGUUGCCGUCUUUGGAGCCCCAAAUUGCUCCGGAGGUUACUUCAAGAGGGUCUGAGGCUCCAACCUUCCCUCCCACUCUUCCUUCCACCAGUUUCAGCCUCCCUUCCACCCUGCUGCCUGCUGAACUGUUUGGAAGUUCAAACCUUCCCAUUCACCAGUUAGAGGGUGUCUCAGAUCCUGCCCUUUCAGGGCAAAACUUAGCUUCAAGAGUUGUGGACCGAGGUAGAAGCCCAAUGGGCACUGCAGAGUCACUUCCGUCCAAAGCAGUUAUCAGAAAAAUAUGUCCUAAAGUGGUGACCAGAGAGUUGCUGCCUCGUGAAGUUAUCAUCAAAGAGGUAUUUCCUCUUAAAAUAGUCACCAGAGAGCCAAGUCCUCCUGAGGUGGUCUCCGGAGAGUCAAUUUCUCAUAAAAGGGUCACCACAGAGUCGUUUCCUCCUCAAGUGGUUAUGAGAGAGCGACUUUCCCCUAAAAUGUUUACCAGAGAGUCGAUUCUGCCUCAAGUGAACACUACAGAGUCACUUCCUCCUCCAGUUAUAACCGGACAGCCGCUUCCUCCUAAAAUGGUCACCACAGAAUCACUACUUCCUCCUCAACUGGUCACCACAGAGUCAUUUCAUCCUAAAGCAGUUACCAAGGAAGUACUUCCUUCUCAAGCGAUCACCAAAAACACCUUUGCUUUUAAACCAGUCACCACAGACUUUCUUCCGUUUAAAGCAAUCACCACAAGCCUUCCAUUCCAGCCCAUCCAAACGGUCACAAUGGGCCACCCUCGUCUUCCUCAAUGGCCGUUAGCCGAAUCCCCUGGAGAUGCAGACUUAGACCGGCAGAGACCUCAGGAAAUUAACGAGCAGCAGCAGGAGGUUGAGGUGGAAAGUCUUAAAGAACUGCAUUUGCAACAGCAACAAAGCUUGGAGCUACUGAGGCAGCAGAAGGAAACCUUAAAAGCUCUGAUUAAUGUUGAUGCGCAACUGAGACCACACAGUGAGGUCUCGAUUCCACAUGAUCCUGGUCAAACCCGCCUGGAACUACUUUCUUCUCUGCUCAAAGUGAUCGAAAAAUCGAAAGAGGGGAGUUUGUCACGUCCGAGACAUUUGCAGGUGGAUGAUGUCCCAAGUCUACCGGUCCCAUCCACCAGCAGGGCAGCCUCUCUCCAUGCUCCUGCUCGAGCAGCAAAGCCCCCAGUGACUCGCGUCCGGCUUGGCACAAUGAUGAGGGAACAGCACGAACUUAGCGCUAUACAGGAAGUCGAGACACCAGUGGAUACCAGCCAAGUGACAGGCCCAGAGGAUGUUUUCGCUGUGCCACAACACACAAUGGACUGGUCUCUGCAGGAGCCCCAUGACUGCUCUGUGGCCACCGAAGCGACCCAGCAAACACCUUCUGUGUCAAGUUCAAAGAGGUCCAGCACUGCCCUCUGUGGAGAUGAGUUGCUGCUGAGGACUGGAAUAUCCCCAGACUCUUCUCAGCAUGGUUCAUGUGAGCCACACUCGUUUGAAUUUGGAAGGCGAGCCCACUCCUUUGGCCGGACUCCCUCAAUCCACAGGUCCCUCCCAGAUGAUUCCAGCUCACCCAGAGAGGCAAGUCAGCAGUAUGCACAAAGACCUCCUGAUUCAGAUUGUCUGUCCAUCACCAGCCUGUCCACUGGAAGCUACAGCACGAGUGAUCCAGAGCCAAAUGCCGGUAAAUCUCAGAACCUCGUUGCUAUGGAGACUGCUGAACCUGGCACUUCCUCCCUGCUUGGUCCAACCUCCUCCAGUCCUGCUCCAGAUCAGCACUUGCUCAUCUCUUUGUUUAAUGAUGGGAACGUCCAGCGCAUCAUUGACCGAUUUGCGAAAGAACUUGAUAGCUCUCUCAGCUCACCAAGUAAAAGCUCAGACAGCAUAGGCUCCGUUUUGGAGGAGCUGCACUCUUCGUUUUCUGAGCCGUCUUCAUACAAAGUAUCUGAGGUGCGAGGGGAGGACGACGAAGCAUCUCAUGUGACUCGUCCCUCUCAAGCCACCCACUACUCUGCUCUACUCGCCUCGCUGUUCAAUGACGGCAACGUCCAGAAUGUCAUCAACCGUUUCGCCAAAGAGCUCGAUAGCUCUCAAAGCCCCACGGGUAAAAGCACAGGUAAAUCUCAGAACCUCGUUGCUAUGGAGACUGCUGAACCUGGCACUUCCUCCCUGCUUGGUCCAACCUCCUCCAGUCCUGCUCCAGAUCAGCACUACUCAGCCUUGCUCAUCUCUUUGUUUAAUGAUGGGAACGUCCAGCGCAUCAUUGACCGAUUUGCGAAAGAACUUGAUAGCUCUCUCAGCUCACCAAGUAAAAGCUCAGACAGCAUAGGCUCCGUUUUGGAGGAGCUGCACUCUUCGUUUUCUGAGCCGUCUUCAUACAAAGUAUCUGAGGUGCGAGGGGAGGACGACGAAGCAUCUCAUGUGACUCGUCCCUCUCAAGCCGCCCACUACUCUGCUCUACUCGCCUCGCUGUUCAAUGACGGCAACGUCCAGAAUGUCAUCAACCGUUUCGCCAAAGAGCUCGAUAGCUCUCAAAGCCCCACGGGUAAAAGCACAGACAGCGAGGGCUCUGUUUUGGAGGAGCCUCACUCUUCAAUUACCGACCAGUCUUUACAGCAAGUCCCUGGGACUCGGGCGGAGGACGAAGAAUCAUCUCGUGUGACACUUCCUUUUCGGGAUGCCCAUGCAAGUGACCUGCAGAAGGGCCAACCAAUCACGGAGCAGCUUUCGGUGUGCGAGGGUCAGGACUCAUUCAGACCUUUAAUGGCUCAGCUGGCGGAUCAGUCCUCCUACCUCCUUGCUGAUCACAGCGACCCCACCACGGAACGUCUAGUGGGUCAACCGACAGCGCAAUCGUCCAUGAUCGGACAACCGCCUGUUCCGCCACCUUCUGCCGGAUGGGACUUAGCUCAGAGUCGCAUCUUGGAACAAGGCAAGAGGGAACCAUGUGUGGUUCAGAUGACGUCUCGCACAGAACAGUCGUGGUUGGAAAAGAGUCCAGAGGAUAGCUCGAUGAAACCUCUCGUUGGGGAGUUGGACGUGUCUUCUGGCCAAGACAGUGAAAACUCAGGCGAGAGAACAUGUGUUGAGCUCAGCAUCGCGGAGCAAGCCACUGUGCCGUCUGAAGGCUCCAAUCACAGUGCUUCGGACUCCAGACCGAAUCCUUUCCCGCCGCACUCACUUGGCGAAGACUCCUUUCUCCCUUUGCCGGCUGAGGUCACCCGCAACGAGACAGUCGACCCGUCCGCCGUCUUUCAGAACGCAACAGACUCCUCCGACGGACACCUGUCGAGCGGUGACCUCAGCGUCUCGGUGCUUUCCAACUCGCAGGCGCACAGCAGCACCUCAGAGAGUGACCACUCCACCGAGCGCUUCAGGGCGGAGGACGGCUCCCUCAAGAUGUCUGCUUGCCAUCGCGUCGCCUCUCCUCAGGCGGUGCAGCUCUUGCAAUUGGACGUAAGUGAGGUUUCGUCUACCUUGAGCAUGCUGCCAGAGGAGGAAAUGGAAGAGCAGCAUGAAGUGCGAGUUCUAGUUUCUGACUUGUCAGCAACAGUUCAGCUGGAGCAGAGUUUAAACCUGAGGAUGGACUUGACUACUAAGGAAGCAGGCAAUAUGAAAGGCAUCCUUGAGCAGUCCCAAAUAACACUGGUGAGCUCGACAGACACCACACUGCAGGACAACAUUCUAUCUGAGGAGGAGCCAUUGCAGGAGGCAGACGGACAUGAAAUCCAAGAGGAGUCCCAAACAACCAUAAUAGAGGAGGAACUUUCAGGGGGCUUAAAAGUGGACCAGAGCCCAACACAUGCAGGCAUGCUCCUCGAGUUCAACUGGGGGUCCCAAGAGCAGGGGGUCUUCGAGAAGAAGCGGCGAGCUCUGCAGGAGAGGUCGGCCCGCCGGGCGGAAGAAGUCAAAGCUAAAGGGGCGCUGGCCAGGACUGCAGUUGCGGAGGUGAAGGUUGCCGCGCAGUCUGAGGAACGUCCUCCUCGGAAUCCUCGGGAUGUUCAACUUGACACGUUCAAAAUGGCAAACUCCACUUUGGUCAAGCAACAAAAGUCCUCGACUCCUCCAGCAGUGAUGACAUCAACAAUGCUGAACAAUCAGAGCCAAGUCAAGAAAAGCAAACGCGAUGUUUGGGAGAUGCACAAACGAACCGAAAGACUGUACGAGCAGCUGGAGGAGGUGAAGCAGCAGAAGGCGGUUCGGAGCAGACAAGAGGCUUACGCCAACAACAGACAGAAGGCCAAAGCCUUUCAUAUGAAAACACUACAGAAGCUCCGUGCCAAGCAGACUCAACAUUGAUUGACUCUGAAUGUGGUUUUAUAUCUUUUGUACAUUAAGAUACAAUGUUAUGAAUAAAGAUGUUAACUUAUUUAAAGAU